CAUCCGGCCGGGGCGCGCCGAAGCCGCUGCUUUCUCUGCUGCCUGGGGUCGUUCGGCUUGUGUCCGCCCACGGAUACCGGCGACCUCUCCGCCAGCUGCCGGAAGGGGGACGUGGGCCGCGUGCGGUACCGGCUGGAACAGCGAGUGGAGGUGAAUACAUGGGACGAGUGGGACAGCACCCCCUUGUACUACGCCUGCCUGGGGCAUGAGGACCUGGUACUCUACCUUCUGACCAAUGGAACCCACUGCGAGGCCACCGCUUUACCGGGGGCGGUCUCUUAUGGGGCUGCAAGUGAUUACAUCCGCUGGGCGCUGCGUGAUUAUCAGCAAGUGACAGCCCCCUGUAGGAGGUGGGACUACUACAAUGACUUCCUGCAGUGGCUUCUAGAGCAGGGCAUCCACAGUAAUGUGGUCUUUGUGGUACACGGGAAGCCCUUCCAGGCCCAUCGCUGCAUCCUGGGUGCACACAGUGCCUACUUCUUCAACGUGCUGGACACCAAAUGGAAGGGCAAGAGCGUCAUCGUCCUCAGGCACCCACUGGUCCCUGUGGCCUUUGGGGCCCUGCUGCAGUACCUGUACACAGAUGACCCCCAGGGCCACAUGGAUGUCGGUGUGGAACACAUCAGUGAUGAGCGUCUGGGCAAACAAUGCCAGUUAUUGGACCUACUCAGUGACCUGGAGGCCAAGUGCAAGGAAGUGUCUGAGUUUGUGGCAUCUCAGUCAGGCACUUUUGGGAAGGUGCUGAGCAUCAGGCCGCCUCCAGAAGACCCCCAGCUCAGGGAGGACCUGGCCCUACUGGCCGACUGCGCCCUGCCUCCUGAGCUCUGAGGAAGUGGUGACUUAGGGGAGCUGCCCUUCUCUUGUCCCAGUGGCUUCAACAUCUGUCCUGAUGUUUGCUUCCGAGUAGAGGGUUGGAGUUAUCUCUGCCAUAAGGCCUUCUUCUGUGGCUGCAGUGACUACUUCUGGGCCCUGCUAUAUGACCACUUCCAAGAGAAUGAAGGGAUGGAGGCCUCCGGUGGCCUGCCGGCUGUCACCCUGCCCAGCCUCUCACCCGACAUCUUCACCCAUGUGCUGUACUACAUGUACACCGAUCACACGGAGCUGCCCCCUGAGGCAGCCGAUGAUGUGCUGAGUGUGGCUGACAUGUUCCUGUUGCCAGGCCUGAAUGACUGCGGCUGCAGACUGGCCCAGCUACUGGACGAGGACAACGUGGUAGGCGUGUGGCGGACCAAGCGGUUCCGCUUGGCACGUCUCAAGGACCAGUACACUGAGUAUAUGGCCAAGGUCAUUGAAAAGCUGGUGGAGCGGAAGGACUGUGAAAAGGCAGUGCAGGAAGAGGCCAAGCCUGUGGGCCGACAGGGCAGGACUCCAUCCCCGCUGGUGGACGACAUCCACUUCCACGUGACCAGCAGGACACAGACCUACGGCAACACUGAGGAGACACAGCACGAGAUACAUGCACUUGAGGACCUGCUGCUGUUCAUCAGUCUGGACUGCUGACCACCACUGGGCCAGCUCCUUGCACCCUCCAGGGCAUUGUGGGUGGAAGAUGCUCAGUGGGGCUCCCUCCCCCAGUGUGACUGGGGGGCUCCAGGGAGAGUCACCUAGGGAUGAGCCCACUCCCUCUCCCAAUUCCUAAACCAGCCCCCAAGGCUCUAGGGCUGAGCACCACUCAGGGAAACCUGGGGUGGGGUGUCUUAGCACCCCUCCCCAACCCACCCUGGCUCUCCCAAUUCUGGCUGCUUGCUUCCUAAAACCAAGCCUGCUUCUCCCAGGCACUGAUGAGAUAGGAAAGUCAUAGGCAGUUAGAGACAGGACCACGGUGGAGGGCAUCAAGGUCUAGACAAGCAGUCUCAAAGUGAGAUGGGAAAAUUGUGGGUAGUCAGGGACGCACAGCAAAGGGCCUCAAGGCCAAAGGGAACAGUAACUAACAGAAAAAAAAAUGUAGAAAAAGGAACUAGGCGGGAGGGGCUGCUGCAUCAGAGUGCAGAGUCAGCCAAGUUACCAGCCCAGGUUCAGGAAGGGGAAGGUUCUUGUGGGGGCAAGCCCAACUGGCUCCUGAUAAACAAUAAAGAUCACGCUCCAAGGACAUGCAGUCUCCAGCUCAGCUUAGCCUGCGAGGUAUUCCGUUCAGAUCCUCCCUUUCUUCGGAGAGCUGUGCUCUUGCGCUUUUUCGCUUUUGCAGUAAAACUGUAUACUGCUUCAAUUUACCUCUCUGGGUCCAUGUUCUCUUUCUUCGAGUAUGUGAGGCCAUGAACCUCAGGCACGAGACACCAGAAUUCUAUAUCACUGAGACACAAGCUUGAAUUCACUGUGGAAGCCUGAGCUUGUGGGGAAAGAGGAUAGUUCUGGAGUUAGGGCCCCUCAUGAGGGCGCUCAGGUGCCCAGUAGGUGCUUCUCGGGUUGGGGUGGGAGGAGUGUGCCUUGGUUCUAUAGGCCUUGAGUAGGCCGUCUCUGUCUGUAGGGCGCUGAAAUCUGCCAGCUGGACUCAUCACCCUGCCCUCAUGGCGGGACUCCCUUCAGAGCACAGCUUCCCCCCCUGGGCUCCUCUUGAUGAAGUCACACUGAUCCACCU